UCAAGUUUGUCAAAGCGCCGUUAUGUGUGUUGCGAAAAAAGUGUAAACAGAUGUUGCUAACUAUAAAUGCAAGUGCUGCUAUGCAAGGCACACACACAGACGAACAAGCAGUUGGGCCACUUGAGCUGCCCCGUGUUACAUCGAAGACUUACAAAAAUUGUGAGCUUACAACGCGAGUCAGCAAAAGUAAAUGCUGGAAAAUCUACAAAAAUUAUGCAACUAAACCUGCUCAGAUGCCGCGUGCUGAGGCUUUGCGAAAAAAUGCAGGCAAACGAAGCUCCCAGGGCUAACAGCUGUUACCAUUGCGGACUUUCAUCCUGGCAAAUCACUGGAGCCCAAAUAAGCUGCGGAUACUUUGAACUAUCAGCGGCAAUCACAACAAAGACUUAAAAGCAGCUGAAAGCGAGAUAUUUUUUAUUUAUUAAUAAAUG